AUGUAUAUUUCUGAUCAACCCAUUGCCUCACUUCCUCCGAAGUAUGAAACUCCCAAAUUCGCCCCCGAAAGACCUAGUGGCCGCCAAGCGGAAUCUCAUAUCAAUGCGGAGCUCAAGACCAACCACGAGCCCCGACCAUUGCCACGACGCCAGCUCAUCAACCGCUACUGGAAAGUAGUAUUCACACUGACAAUACUUCUCUUCAUAUUCACCCCUACACGUUCUAUCAGCCCACCAAAGCUCGAUGAGGGCACCGUGCUGCAAAUGGCUCAUCGUAUGAACAACCUUGCCGUUCCAUGCCCUAAAGAUCUACCGCUGAAUAUCCAACACAAUCCUCCUCCCAACCAACAAACCGUUGCGACACUCGCCGAGUUCGAGAAGCUAUCACAGGAGUAUUUGCGACAAGGCCACGCACUAUACUGCAGUCUGAUGAACCCAGAUUCCCCCCGGCCCAGCGACUUUAGUUACAUCUACGCACUGCCCAAGGACACUGUCAGAUACCUUUUGCUUGAGACCAACACAUCAGUGUUUGAAGAACCUGUCGUUGCCCCAAUCUUUGAGCGAAGUAGACGCAUCGUGCUUGUUGAAAAGGCCAGGCGGCAUAGAUUAGCGAGGAUUAUUCAACAAAAGAUCGAGGAAUUGUAUAUACAGAAGGGCCUUGUUUCGAUGAAUCAAUAUAUGAAGAAGUCGAUAUGA